CAGCUGAGCAGAUGUGGGGCCUAUAAGCAGUUCUGAGCCCACUUUCUUCCGCUUCCUGCUUCCUGUGAAGCCUUGGCUCCAGGUCUGAAGAAUGAAGGCCUCUGCUGUGUUAGCAGGACUCCUCGUGCUUUUUCUGUUGAUCCGUAGUUUGGAUAAUUUGUCUGUCACCUGUGCUAAAAACUGGCUCCAGGUCAAAGUGAGACGAACGCCAUUUGUGGAUGAGCUGCUAUUCCAGGUUCACGAGCUCUUUCUCGGAGAUGGCUGCCCCGUCACCACAGAGCUGCCUGAUUCCUUUGAGUUCCUUUACAGUCUUAUUACUUGUGGCAUCAGGACUCACGAAAGCUCGUGGGGCAUUCUCAUUGAAAGCUCAGUCACAUAUGGAUCUUUGUUUAUAAACAGAGGAGGUGUCAUGCCAGUGCUGUGCUUUGUUAAAAGAAAUGAUCCAUUCACCUUUGGGGAAGAAGACAUAGAAAGUGAUAAUGAAACAUCUGGGGAAAACGCCCAAGGGCCAGGCAGACAGAAAAACACACCACCACCGGAAGCACCAUCCUUGGAGCCCCCUCCAGGAAUGCCAUGCAAGUCCGAGCAGCUCAGGCGACCAGAUGCUUGGCGAGUGCACCAUCCCAGUAUUUUACAGAUAUACCUCAGAGAGAUUGAGAUUUUGGUUCCAAACCACUGCAAUGAAGAGAAUUCUCCAGUGAAGAACAGUUUUUCUCUUGUUGGAGUAUGUAAUUUUUUUUUUUAAUCCUUUGGUUUUAAGUGAAAGAAUUAACCCUUAAUUCUAGUGCAUAAGACAGUGUUACUAAUCCUGGUACUCUGGCUUCCUGAGGAUUGCUCUCCUCUUACAGAGCUGAACUUAGUGCCUACAGAGCAUCAUGUGCCUUUUUAAUAAAGUUCUUUUUAAAAUGAA